AUGUCAAAUUCUUCAUCGUCUUCUUUAGUAAAAAAUCUCAUAAAUGAACUUUCAAAUACAUCUCCUUCGACAACAACGAUAAACGAAACACCAGCGUCUACAACUGUAGAAAAACAAGCACCGGCUCUUGAAGAUAAUAAUUCAACUUCAACGAAAUCCAACCCGUCUACAGCUGCUACUUCACCCAUACCACAGACCUCAUCGAAUACAAACACCAACAGUACUAUUUCUACUGCUGAGGCCAAUGCUAAUACCGAUAAUAAUUCCAAUACCGCACCCCUCCGAGAAGACAUGAUUAAACAAGCUGUUUCUUUCCUUUCUUCACUUAAAGUGCGUUCUGCUGAUAAGGACAAGAAAAUUGCAUUUUUACGCAAUAAGGGUUUGACCCAGGCUGAAAUUGAUGAAUCGUUUAAGAGAGUAGACAGUGGUAACACUGUACCCAGCACUUCGAAUUUGGAAAAUAUGGCUACACCAACCACUACGACUACAGCUGUUUCUUCUCAACAACAACGACCUCCAUUGCCACCUGUGUUACCGCCGAGAGCUUAUACGCAGCCCCAAAUUGUAUAUUACCCUUUACCUUCGCCACCACCUGUACCAACAGAGAGAGUGUUUGCGUUAGCAAUGAUGAUGGGUAUGGGUGCUGUUGGAGCAACAGCAGGCAUUAUUGGUUUAUUAAAGCAAUUCAUUGGUCCUAUCUUUAACCGUAUUGCAGAUUAUCAGCGUACAAGAUAUGUUCAACGAAGAGAAAUGGCUGAUAAACUAUUAGACCUUUUAACAGCUUUCAACACUGAAAACGAUGAUUUGGAUGCACUCAUUGACCAAGGAGAGGAAAAGACAGUAUCUGAUGCUUUAAUCAAGAGUCAAACAGAAUUACCUAUCAAAUUGGAUACACUACGUACAACUUUAAAAGAUCGUAUCACUGCUCUGUUCAACGAAAAACAAAAACCUUACAACGCUCUUAUUGCAAACAUUGACAGUUUUAAGGAUACAUUAGCGACACAUACGUCAGGCGUAGACUUAUCUUCCUCCAACACUUACAGCUAUACACCUUACUACAUGCGUCAUAAUUCCAAUAUGGAUUCACCUGCUUUAUCUGGUUUGAAGAGUGAUAUUCGUAGUUUGAAAGCUGUAUUACUAAACAGACGGAACUUUCCAACUGUAUAA